GCGCGCAGCUCCGCUCCCUCCGCGCUCCGCCAUGGCUGCGGCGGCUGCCGCCGGCUCGGUGCUGCUCUGCCUGCUCGGCCUGGUGCUGCCCGGCGGCAGCACGCUGCACACCAAGGGCUCCGUGCCGCUCGACACCAUCACCUUCUAUAAGGUUAUUCCAAAGCAUAAGUUUGUCCUUGUGAAGUUUGACACACAAUAUCCCUAUGGUGAGAAACAAGAUGAGUUUAAGAAGCUGGCAGAGAGCUCAGGCUCCAGUGAGGAUCUGCUGGUGGCUGAAGUGGGAAUAUCAGAUUACGGUGAUAAACUGAACACUGAGCUGGGAGAGAAGUACAAGCUGGACAAGGAGAAGUUCCCUGUUUUUUACUUGUUCCAGGAUGGUGACUUUAACAAUCCUUUACUUUAUGGUGGUGAAAUCAAGGCUGGAGCUAUUCAGCGCUGGCUGAAGAGUAAUGGCAUCUACCUGGGGAUGCCAGGCUGCCUGAAGGAGUAUGAUGUGCUGGCCAGCAAAUUUGUGAGCACCACAGAGAAAUCUGAUCGCCAGGCCCUCCUGAAAAAGGGGCAGGAGAAUUUAGGAAAAGCAAAAGAAACCGAGAGGAAGUCAGCAGAGCAAUACUUGAAAAUUAUGAGCAAGAUCCUGGAGCAGGGAGAGGAGUUUGCUGCUAAUGAAGUUGUCCGAAUCACAAAGCUGAUCGAGAAGAACAAGAUGAGUGAUGGAAAGAAGGAGGAGCUCCAGAAAAGCCUCAACAUCCUCGCUUCUUUCCUCAAGAAGAAUAGUGAAAAAGAUGAGCUCUGAUGUGUUGGAGAACUCUCUACAAGCUGUGAAACAUUGUCAAGAGUCCUAACCAGUUCUCCUUAAUGCAAGCAAACUUCCCGCUGACUUCAAGAGGGCAGCAGAUUUCCUUCUGGGAUUCUCAGUUUAGAACAUCAAGAGGAAAACAUUCCUUAAAAACACAGUAUUCUAAAUGUUGGAAAAAUCACCCAAGAGCAAGACACCAGUAUUGUGUAGUACUAUCCAAUAACAGUGUUAAAGCAGGCAACAAAAAAAAAAAACCCUCUAGAUUGGCCAGAAGCUCAUUCCUGGUGGUUUUUACAGUUCCUUGGCUAACAAAUAACAAAAUUCAGUCUCUCAUUCCAUCUUACAUGCUGUAAAAGGUAUAGAUUGGGUGCCCUCGACAUCACCACCUUUCCCUGUCCGUAAUAUCCUUGGGUUUUAUGCUUGUUAAUCUACCCCUCACAUGCCUUGUGUUGUCCCACUUGGGCUCUGAGUCUUGUUCUUACCUGUUGUUGUCUAAGAGAUUCAGAACUUCCUUUUUCUGCCUUCUCCUUCCAUGGCUUCUGUCCCUGUUUGCUUUGGGUAUCAGCCAGAUGCUGGCAGUGAAGACAGUUCACAGCUUGCUCCUCAUUUUCUGUCCAGAGCAGCAGUUUCAUCAGAUAUUCUCCCGAAAUCCUUGGUUAAACCCUGACACAGUGGGUGAAGUGAGUUCUGAGCAAGGGCAGAGUCUCCUUGAGGUGCUAUUACACUCAGUCUCACCAGUUUGUGCA